GGAUCGGGUUCGGUUCGAGUUGUGUGCUUAGUCGAAGUCCUACCUUGCUACCGAAGAGCCUAUGCAGUUUUCCGGAAAAGAUCGUGAAGAAAAUCGUUGAGGUGCGGGUGUAAGGGCUUUGUCAUAUUUACGCGUUACGCGUAACCGGCUGUUGAAGCGUAUCCCGAUCGUGUUGCGGGAAUCUCCUGAACACGUUAAGCUUCGAUGAAAUUCGAACCAUGGAGUCAAUCUCUUGAUCGUUUUUCAUACCUAUUCAUCCCUUGAUCGUUUUUCAUACCUAUGGUGACAUACCUGUCUACUGAUCGGUAUCCUCCCCGUGUUACGAUUCCAUCGAAGUCUAUCAAAGUCGAUCCAUCGAUCGAUUGUGUUGUUGUUUGUUGUAGGGUGAAUGAAUAUCCCAAACACCGGUAGCUUGUAGCAACAGGUUUCCGAGUGCAUUCGUGAAAGGGAAAAUCGCCAUCGAUUGUCGAUUCAGAGAGUGCAAGUGCAAGUUCCAGAAAAAGUGUUAUCCAAGUGUGACAGCAUUGUGCAGUGAAAUCGGCGCGCACGUGUUUGUUUACUUACUUGUCCCAUUGAGGAGAGACCUGGAGACCUCGAAAACCAGAUUCAGCAGACAGCAGAAAAUAUAUCGAAAAGAAAGGCGAACGGACGACGACUCCGUUUCGCGGUGCAUUUAGGGCUCGAUCGAGUCAUUUCGAGUCCAGUUGUUGCCGAAAAAAAAGCAAAGCAAACAACAAAACCAACAAGAUGGGAAAUAGGCAGAAAAUGAUGAUCACUGUUGCUGCAAUUAUAGUUGUCUUCACACUUCUAUCCAGCAGCCAUUUGGUCAGUUCGAUAUCAGUCUCCCCGGAAAGCAGCCACCUAAGGCAACAGCAACAGCAAAACCCACAACACCGACACCAUCCUUCGGCGGCAGGGCUACGAGAUGGUGGACCAGGAAACACCAAUCUGGCCACGGUGCGUCGUUACGCUUCCGGUGGCGGUCCACCGGCGGCCAUCCGCGGAGCAGCUCGACUUCCUCCGGGUGCUGGUGGGGGUGGUGGUAAACCUCUAAAAGGAUCCGGUCCUCCACCGAGAGCCGCUUCCCGAUCCGACAAUCUGAUUCCACAACAGUUGGCCAACCAAACCUCGCCGGUGGACCGAUAUCGGCGGCUGAUCCCGUACAUGACAUUCUACAUCCCUUCGACGGCCUCGGCGGCCACCGGAACUGCAGGAAGUGGACAGGGCGACUUCAACCUGCCAAUCAAUCAGGCCUAUAAUUAUAUGCCUAUUCGUUCCCAGCAGCGACCCCAGGAGCAACCGAUCUAUCAUCAUAGCAACAAACAGCAAAUCCUAUCGCUUCACCAGUACCAACGUCAACCGCAACAGCUUGGAUCGGGUCAUGGAGGAGAACCACCGCUAAUGUACCAAUCCUAUCAACCCCAAGGAGGGUCUCAACGAUACAGCCCUUCUUCAGGGUCGGGCAGCUCCAGCCAAGGAUCGGGAGUCAAGACCAUUCUGAUCAAUAACUCCCCGAUCAAGUACGACUACGGGCAGCGCCAUCAAUUGGCACCUUCCCCUUUGCAACCGACAAUUACGUCUAACAAUGGAGGAGCAAUUCUGUAUCGAGCCAAGACAUCGUCGUCGUCAGGAAAGUUGUACGCGAUCGAAAUUCCCAAGCCUCAACCUUCGAUACAACCGAACGGGAUCAGCACCAACAGUGGAGACUCCGCGGCGACACCAUCCCCAAAUUAUCAACCGAUUUCCGUGUACAAGAAGUACCAGAUCAACCCUUUCCUGCCUUCGAAUAAGCUUCCCGGGCAGUUCACCCCGAUUGCCUAUGGUCCAAGUUCGUCUGCCAUCGCAGGUGGAGAUCAUCAGGGAUCCGUGGAUGCGGAAAGCGCUGAAGAAUCGGAACCGUACCCGAUUCCCAAACCUGCUCCAGCUUCUGGCUACAACCGACCCAAACAACACACCACCUACGUACUAGUCAAGCCAUCGCCCGAACCCAACCAGCUGUACUACCAGGAGAAACCUGCUAGACCUACAGCAGUUACCAGCUACAAGGAGAAGAUCAACUACGUCAGUGAAGACGACCUCUACAAAUCCAUCUCCAAGCCGAUUCCCAUUCCAAAGCCCAGCUACUUGGAGGAAUCGGACGAUUACCGACCAAUCGCCAAACCGAUUGCCAUCAUCAAGGCCUCCUACCCUGAUGAACCGGAAACGUACAAACACAAACUAGCACCGAUGCAAAAACCCUCGUACCAAGACGAGCUGGAAGUCUACAAGAUAGCCCCCAAACCAAUCCCCGUCCCGAUUCCGGUAGCAGUCGAAUACUCCACCCCAAGACCGGUUCCAGUCUACGUCGAUUACUCAACUCCCCGGCCCAAUCCACUGCUAAAAGAAAGCCACGGUAAUGCCCAAUCACAUCCAGUUCCUACGACGGCACGUCCUAAGUACUCACAUCGCCCGAAAUCGCACAAACACACUCGGGUCUCAACGAAAGCACCCCCUCUCCGUCAACACCUCACCGAAAAUGUCAACCCAUCCGAUAUUCGAUCACCAAACCCAAACUACUUCGACCACUACUCCGAAUACAAAACACACGUCAAACAGAACUACUACGCCAUCCAACCAAACUACAUACCCACUCCAAAACCUACUAAAACCACUAAACUAAUCCCAGCUGCCGCUGCUGCACCACCUUCUCCACAACCCUCACAACAUCACGAAGAACCCGAGACCCACCGGUACGUGGUCCAGUCCCGUCCCGUCUACCGACCUCCUCCAACUCCAACUCAAAUCGUCGACACGGCCAGCUCCUCCGGCUCAACCUCCCUAGCCGAUCUACUCAAGAAACUCCAAGACAGCAACCACCUCCCGAAAACCCUGACUCCGGAUAACAUCGAUAACUCGAUCCGCACCCUGGUAAAAAUCCUCAACAACCUGAAAGCUUCCCACCAAGCGCACAACCAACCCUCCCAAGCCUACCCGGAGGACCACCAAGAGGAAGAACACUACCAACCGAAACCCCUUCAAAAGCCUUCUCCACCAACCCACGUCGUUGACGAAGUCGAAGAAGACGAUCAUCGCUACAGCCUACCACCGAAGCCAACGACGGUGAGUGCCGUUGGAUCGACUCCACCGGGACCGAACUCGGGUCGGCCCGGCAUCGACUACCCGAACCUGGCCGAGAUACCGGAAACCAGCUUCAGCUGCAAGGAACAGCGCUACAAGGGCUUCUUCGGGGACCCGGAAACCAACUGUCAGGUGUGGCACUACUGUGACUUGAACGGUGGCAAGGCGUCGUUCCUGUGCCCCAAUGGAACCAUCUUCAGUCAGGUUGCCCUGACUUGCGAUUGGUGGUUCAACGUGAAAUGCUCGACAACGGCUCAGCUGUACGUGCUCAAUGAACGACUCUACAAGUACAUCCUGCCCUUCACCCCGAAGUUCCCGGAAGACUAUAGCGGACCGCUGGUUGAUAAGUACCUCGCCAUCAAGUUCCAGGAAAUGGAGGAAAAAAUGAAACAGCAGAGGGCCAAAGGUAAGGCCGUUACUAAAGCCCCGGUCGAUAAUGAAAAUGAUGAACUGAAUGGGAACAAGCUGGAGGACAACGACAACCGGUACAAUCAGAACCAACCACAUCCGAUUCAGUACGUUACGGAAAACUCGUUGGAGCCUGUAGUGGCAGCCGGUGGCAUUAGCGGACCAACUCCGGAACCUAUCGUAACUCCAGGACAGCUGGCCGAUGAUCAUGAUGGGGCCGUUACUCCGAUCACCCUGGAAGACAUCGAUAAGGAUUACGUCCGAGGUCGGGCCCUGGCCGUAAAGGGACCGAUUGUGGUGACGGCUCCAAGUGCCCCGACCAGUUCGACCGGAACGGAAGAUUACGAAGAACCGGCGCUCGGACCACUGGGACCACUGCCAGGACCGAUUGUUCUACAUCACGCGGAGGAACCUGCUACGGAUGCUCAUUAUGCCUCCAGUACCGGGAGCAGUGUUAGCACAAGCAUUAGCAGCGUAAGUAGUAGUACGAUUGCGACUCCAACCUCUUCGGGACCACCUCUAGAUGCACUUAUGCACACCAUGCGGGGAGCCCGGAUUGAGGUUAAACACGACGGUACGAGUGGUCAUUUGACCCCGACGAAGGGUUACGAUGAGGACGAAAGUAGGAGGAAAAAGUAAGAGUCGAGAAUCGAUUUUUUGAACCUGUAUCACCAGAAAGUGAGCAUCGAAUCAGAAUUCAGAAUUGAAGUCGUGAACGUACAAUAGGGUGGCCCAAUUUCUAAGCUUCCUUAAAACCUGGAAGCUCUUAAACCUGAACUAAUCAACAAUAAAAGGAAGUCUACAAAAUUUUAACUAAAUCAGAUAAUCAUAAGACGACCCCCUUAAGACUAUGAAAGAAGGAAGGAAAUUUCUAUGAAAAUAGGGAAAAUUUACGAAAAAAUCGUAAUUGGCAGCACUGUAGCAGCUUUGUACUUUUAUACCGUCAAGGAAUUAAAUUGAAAAAUAAGUUGUACUUUUAUUACUUCCUUUCGGAAAGUUGUUUCCUCAAGAAUUUAACUUUGUAAAUUUUGAAAAAAAGUAACAGUGUUGCGAAAACAUUUUUCAUUUUUUUAAUGCAAAUUUAGACUUUUUUCAACACAUAUUCUGUGACCUUAAGGCUUUUGAAGGUUGUUUAAUAAACGGGAAAUUUUGUACAGUUUCUUUUUAAAAUGAAUCAACCCAAAAGGGGUUGAGAGCUACAAGAUGUUGAGCUUGGGAAGUCCCCAUAAGUUUAUGACCACACUUUAAUGUACGCUGUUCGAUUUCGAAGAAAAAAUGCUUCAAAACCAACGUUCGAAUCUUUAACUCUAACUAGUGUUAUCACGAUUGUUUUCUGCAUUGGAAUUCCUUAGUUUUUCCCUUCACAAAGUUUGUUUAAAAAAUGAAAAUUUUAAAUUUUCAAAAUCAAUUUUAGGUCUGAUUUAAAAAAAUUGCUGGUUAAACUGAGGUUGCCAGAUUACCCGGUUUUAUUCGGGUUUGCCCGGAUAUUUUAUGUAAUAUUCGGUAGCCCGGUUGCCAGGAUUUUCCCGGGUUUAUUCUCAUUCUCGAAUUAAACUAAAAAAAAAAAAACAAAUUGUGCUGUAUUUUUUUUUAUUCAUGCGUUGCAAAAGCUUUUUUUUGAGAAAGUUAAAAUAUAACCAUGAAAGGUUUUUUGAAAGCCUAAAAUUAAAAAUUAAAAUUUACUGCUAAAUUUGGAUGGACAUUUUAUUUUCUUGAUUUUUGAUGAAUAAUUCCUAAGUUUUUACCAAAUUUGUCCGGAUAUUGCCCUAAUUUUAGUCUACAAUUUUGAAAUCAAAUGCCCGGAUUUUGCUAGGUUUUUAGAUUAAAUAAGUCAGAUUUGUCCGGCUCGAAUACGUGCUGAAAAAAAAUUUCUGUCAACCUUAUGUUAAACGUUUUUGACAAAUUUGUAUAAUGUCUAUAAAAAUACAUUUAUUUUUCACAGCUUUCACACAACUUAAAAAAAACUUUUAUGAAAAACAUAUGGCAUCUCUACUAUUUUUCUAAUUUUUUAAAAACAAGAUGCAAAAUUAAAAAAAUACUAAAUUCUGAAAUUUAUUUUUUUUAUGGUGGUACAAAAUUACGAUGGAACUUUGACUUCAAUUCUCCUAUUUUAAAUGAAAUAAAAAAGAAAAUGACGUUUCUGGCAGCACUGCAAAAAAAACAUAUGCUUUAUAGUGUAAAUGCGAUCUUGAAAAAAAAAUUGUUAAAGACUGAAAACAGUUAACAGUGAAAGCUUAGAAAUUAAAAUGCAGUGUUCCUAAAAAAUUUAACCAAUUUUAAAAAUGACAUUAAAAAAGAUUUUUUUAUAGUUUUCUUAAACGAUCCAUCGAAAAUAUUGGAAAAGGACUGACUGAGCUCAUGAAAGCAUCAAAACUUCAAUGUUGGCGAUAUAAUUUUAAAAUUUAAUAACAUCAUAAAAUGAAAAUUAUUUUCUGAAUUUUGAAUUUUAUCAAUCAGUUUGAUCGGCUUUAAUAAAUUAAGUUAAUAAAUAAAUUUUCAUUAAAAGUUUUCACACUACCUUUUUGUUGAAAUUUAAAAAAUCCCGGCAUCUCUAGAUGCACGGUAAAAUAUUGAACAUUUUUAAAUUAGAGCAUUGAAAAAGGGGUACCAAUUUUGAUUCAAAAUUUUCAAAAAUCUAUAAAACUAAUUUUCGGCAACACUGCAGAAAAAACACAAAAUUUCCAUCUGUAGAAAACUGAAAAUAUAUUUAAGUUCACUGAAGAAAAACGAAAAUCAUAUUUUGAGCUUUUAUCACGAAAGCUUAAAAGGAAAGAAACAGUGUGCCGAUAAAAUUUAUAAGAGCCAAUAUUGACAUUUUUUUGUUAUAUUUAAACAAAUUGACUUUGUUGGCAAAGAUUACAAGUUGCUAAUUACUAAUCUUAUUCGGUAGUUGUCUUUGAUUGAAAAUGUUUACAAAAGUUUUAUAAAUAUGAGUGUGCUUAAAAUCUGUAAAUACAAAAAAAAAACAUCAUAUUUGGUAACUCUGUAAAGCAUGUUCAAAUACUUCUCUAUAAACAACUAGAUUAAAUGAUUUUAGGGGCAACUUAUGAUGAUGAAAAAACCCGAAAUAUUUAAAAGUAAAAAAAAAAUAAAAAAAAACUUUUACUCACAUCGUGAAGAGAUUUUUAAUGCAUUGAAAACUCCAGUUUGAAGUACAUUUUUUUUUGAAUAAACACAUACAUUUUGAUCACGAAACACUUCAAGUGGUUUUGCAAUGUUGCCAGAAACUUUUAUUCUUUUCAGAAGUUCACUUGUACUUUAGUUUAAAUUUUUAUUAACAUUUUAAUUUUUUUUUCUUCAAAAAUUUAGAUUAGACUUCCGUUUUUUUAACUUGCUCAGUUGAAUUUUUUUUUCAAGGUACCUUAAAAAACUUAAGCAUGAAAAUUUGGAGUGCUUCCAAAAGCGUUUCCAGCAAUAAAGUAUCUGAUAGGGAAAACACUCUCGUCUACAAUCAGGGGUGCCAGGUGUUUACGUCAAAAAUCAGGACAACUCGAAGUUAAAAAUCAGGAUUUUUUCAGGACACCUCUUUAUUCAUGGAAACAAUAAGGAUUUCUGCUUAGAUUGCAUAAAUAAAGGCGCAAUACAGGUGCUGUAAACUCCAUGAUUUAUGCAACAACAGUGCGCAACUUGUAGGCUGGCCGGUAGUUCUUAUCGAAAAACACAAUUUAAUGAGUUUAACUAUUUUAUAACCUAUUUAUUCGAUUUUCUCAUAAUUUAACUACAAAUUCGAUCAUACCGAAAAUCAGGACAAAUCCGGACAUUUUAGGGACAAAUUUUCAAAAAUCAGGACAACUCGAGAGUUUUUGAAAAAUCAGGACGGUCUCUCGAAAAUCAGGGCAAAUCCUGAUAAAUCAGGACACCUGGCACCUCUGUCUACAAUGUAUUAAAUUUCAGAGGUGCCAUUUUUUUUUGUUUUGAAAAAAAAACAUUUUUUUUUAACUACAUUCCAAUUUAAAAAUAUCUCGGUCAAAGAGUAAAUUUUCAGAAUUUCAAAUUUUAAGCCACCCGAUUGUUAUUUUUAGAUUGGUUGAUGUAUUGAUUAAAAUUCGAAACGUUGGAUGAAGAGCAUAUUAAAAUUUUUGAAGAAAACUUGAACGACAUUGAUCAAGCUAAGAAGGAGAAUAUAUCAGAAUCAAGUUAAAAAAUUGGAAAUUGAAAAUGAAACCUUUGGAGCCCACAUUAGGAAUAAAAAGUUUGUAAGGACUCAUAACAAGAAAUUGGACACAGAAUAAAUUUAAAAGAAUUGAUGACGCCUUUGAACUGUAUGAUAAAAAAAAACAAAUAACAAGGCUUUUCUCCGUAUAAAUGUCCCAUUUUUCACUCUUAGCUUUUAAAACAUAGUAAAUAGUUAUUGAAAUUGAAAUUAUUCUGAGGAUUAAACCGAAUCAUCGCUUGAUAGUAGAAGAUACAAAAACAAAAACGAAAAAAAUGUAAAUACGAUUGAAAAGAAACUGGAAACGAUUACGAUUCCUGGAAGGUUCUCCCCCGAUUUGAGAAUGUCUCGUAAUUCCAGUGAAGUUGACUUUUUUUUUUGUUGCGCUUUAGUGCUCGCGCCAGAUCGUAUUAGUCUGCUAAAAGUAGCUUGAUGUUGUGUGAAAACAAAAAAAAACAUAAAAUACUAUUAGAGGCUAAGGACUUAUUUAUACCUUCUUCAAGACGAUCGAUAGCGUAGGGUUUAGUUUCGUAUAAAUGUUUCCAUUAUUUCUUUUUCAUCUCCGCGAGUAGAAAGCGAAAGUAUUUAUGACGUCCAGUUUCGAAUCACGUUAUAGGAUAAGCUCAUCAUCUGCUACCUACUAUUUAUGCAUUUCUAUCCGGUAUAGAGUCAUCGAUGCUAAAUUUUAGAGUAACUCCAUCGAGAAAUGAGAAAAAAAACAACGUCUCUUAUCACUUAAGUUACGUUACCGAUGGAUGGGAGAAAAAAAAAACAAAUUAAAAAAAACUGGCACCAUUGCCAACUGUUUGACGAGAUGGGUCAGAUAUCGAAUUGGUUACCUUUAAUCUUAACGCACCAAGUGGGAGUGACUGCGCAAAUUGCACUUGCAGCAAAACUGGUUGAAAAAUUGUGUGAGCCUGUUUAAAAGAGAGUGAGAGAGUUUAAACUCGAGAUUUCAAUAUACAUACUUGCACUGAACUGGCAGCAGGGGAUGAAGACUGAAAUCCGCAGAAUAGUGAAAGCAAACAAAAAAAAAACAAAAAAACGUUGGCCCCUUAUAACGAUUGAUUGGAAGUGCGUGUGUGUGAGUAUGCUUAAGAAGGCGCCAUACAAGUAGGUGUGUGUAUGAUGGGAAAA